UAUCGCCGCAGUGUUUUGCUGUUUUGUAUUCGUCUGACGUAGUAGCAGUGAAGUCGUGCGGUGGAAUGCGCGGUAAUAGAGCUUGCGUCUACAAUGUACCGCGAAAAAGUUAACAUUCUCGCGCGAGAGUUUUUUGUACUUUAAAAACUGUGUGAAUUUAUGUGACAAGAAACUUGUGUGUUUAAUAUUUACGCAAUAGACUUUUAUUGUGUGUGGUAUUUAUUUGGCAACUGGAUAUUAAAAAUUGACGGCUCGUUUGAAGGUGUCGACUUUUGAUUCUGUUUUCGCCGAAACAUUUACAAAGUCAAGAUGUCGAAUUUUCAACGUACACGCAGCAAAGUAUGGUGGGGUGACACACCACCGAACAUUGGAAGCCCAGUUGCGCCGCAACCUGCGUGGAACCAGAACAAUAGGAGAGAAGAACAAGACUGGGAACCUCAGCUACCGCAUUGGAUAGCUAACCAACCAGAACAGAGAAACAAUAGCGCUGAUAAUAUAGCAGAACCUAAUAAUGCGCAAAUUAAUCAGUGGCCACUUCGUCAUGGUAGCCCCGGCAGUCAUAAGAGCCAAGACUCUGGCUUUUCAGAUUCCGACAGCUCUCCACCAACCUUACAAUACUACCCACCUACAGAUAACAGUAAUUCCACGGUAAAAUCAUUAAACAGCAGUGAUUCCAACAACAAUGAAGAUGUUACCGUGAAACAUGCUAUCGAUUUACAAAACACAGAACAUAGCAGAGAUGUUGUUGACAAUUCCAUAUCGUCAAACAAUAUCAGUAAUGAAGCGCCAACUCCGAAGCCAAGAUUACGAAGUAGCAGUGUUAUACAAACUCCAUACGAUUUACAAAAGUACUACGAAGUACACACAGACGAGGAACAUAUGGAUUUGUUAAAGGAUAACGACAAAGAAAACGAUAAAAGCGAACCAAAGUAUCCAGCUCCGACAAAUAUUAAUAAAAAUUAUGAAAAAGACAAUUCGAAAAAGAUAAUCGAUAAAGCAAUAGGACCGAAGUUAAAUAAAGUAGAAAGUAAGAGAGUUAAUAACGUAAAUCCUACUAACAAGAAACGUACAAUCCAAAAAGAUACCAAAGAACCAAGUAAUAAUGUAAAUAUAAUAAGUCCGUCGAAAAAAUAUCCAGUGAAGAAAACAUUUGUUUCAAGUACUAAUAGUGAUAACUCUAAUAUCAUUAAAGUAGCCAAAGUCAAGGACUUAGAAACUAGCAAGAACAAAUCAGAUGAAAGUUUAGAAUAUAUAAAAUUAUCUCAUGACAAUGAAAUUGCAGUAAACAAUCAACCGAGAGUCCGAACACCCAUCUCCAAUGUUUCUUAUGUACCAACAGAAAGAAUAGCAACAGUUAAACCUGAAUAUAAAAGAAGUAAUUCAAACGAAGAACCCAUUUGUACUACGCCGAAAUUCCAAAGAAAUAGACUUAAUCAAUCCUUAAACUUUGAAGCUCAGAGACUCGAUCAACAGAUAUUGGACAUCCAAGGUGGUUAUCACUCACUAGGAUACAUAGAUGAAGAAAUACCUAAAGAUAUACAAAACCAAACAGAGUUAAUACACAAACCGACCAAAGCUUUAUUAGGUAAAAACAUUAUGGACAGUCUUCAUUUAAAACCGAAUAAAAAAGUAGGUCCAAAAGCAAAACAGAGAAUGGUAAAAACUGAAAGAGCGAAAGAUAUAUUUAGAAUAUUUCCCACUAAGAAAGAAAAACCAGGAGUAGUUGACAGUCACGCUGGGGGAGUUUUGAAUGGAAGCAGAGUCCCUUCACUGGGUCUACCGAGAUCUGCUGAACAAAAUUCUUGGGUCAUCGUCGGUCAUCCAGAGAAGGAAUUACUAAUACCACAUUAUACUGAAAGACUGGUUGCUACAGAAAGUGAUAUUAACUUGAAAUCAAAAGACAACGAAGAGGAAAUUAAUUACGUAAAAACUAGAAGGGUAACUCCACCACCACAGUUCAGAGACAAACAGAAAAUACCUUACGAUUCCGACACAAAAUCUGAUAAAGAUUUAACACACGAUUCUAAAAGAGAGAAAUUAAAAUAUGACAUAGAUUUUACAGAUUUACAAUUAAACUUCGCUUGUACUUCGACACCAAAAAUGAUAGCACCACACGAGUUUUUGAAUAAUCCUCAAACACCGAAAAGCAAUAAGAAAAAUUCUUGUAGAGUUAAUUUGAUAGGUGAUUUUAAUGGCGGCUUGGUUUUAAACAAUCAAAACGAGAUAUUAUAUAGAGAAAGAAGUAUAGAUCAAACCACACUAGAAAGGUUAUGUGAUCGUAAACCGGAACCGGUGCAGUAUUGGUUAUGCGAUUUAAUUAGUUCUUAUGAGAACGAAUGUAUGACUACAUUACAAAGCAAACCUUUAGGCACUGAAAUGAAAGCACUAGUAUCUGCCAGUUCCGCUACUAUUACUGGGAAUAUAAAGAAAGUGCAGACACACGGACAGAUCAUAGUACAUCAAUAUAGUGAUAUUAUACGGCAAAUAGAAUCAAAUGAUACAGGAGAAGAACAAAUAUGUCUUCUUGUUGCAAACAUAAAUGAAUUCGUGCUAGCACAUAGUAUCACAUUGAACACCAAGCCACCGGGAGAAACACCCGAGAGAUGGGACAAGAUUAAAAUAUCGUUACAAAUGUAUCUACAAAAACUAAUUGAUAUCGGUGAAGAUGUCAAAUUAGAAUUAAAUGAGAGUAACCCGCAAUGGAACCUGGUACAGAAACAUCUCGACACACUAAUUGGUAUAUUCUUAGAGACGACAAAGGCUGUGCUGGUACAACAAAUGAAGACCUUAGUGUCAAUAAUCGAAGAACCACCAUCAGAUAUGAUUCUCAAAAGUACACUGACAUCUAUCGGCCAUCUUGCGAUGUUAAGUGAAAAUACGGAAAGUUCGUUACAUGAGAAAUGUUCCAAAAUCAUGAAGAGCAUUACAGAAUUACCUUUCGUGGACUGCGGAGUGCCGAGAGCUUUACUUACAGCUAUUAUUGAAAGCAACAAGAGUUCUAUAAAGGCGUUAUCAUUACGCGCCCUCGCCACUGUAUGUGUUACUGGGGAAGCUGUCAAACAAUUUGAAGAGGGUGGCGGUAUAGAAAUCUUGUCAGAUAUUCUCUCAGACCGCUCGAACCCUGAACCUCAGAUGCGGGAAGGUAUCACUGUGCUCACACAGAUCACUGCGCCCUGGCUCAGAGGUCAUUAUGACCUCACACAGCUCCAUCUCUACCUCAACUCCAUAGUUGAUAAUAUUACUGGUAUCCUCUCACGGACUGACUGUUGUCAACUCCUUUUACUUUGCACGGCGUGUCUCGUCAAUCUGGUUCGUGAAUUAGAACUGGAGAAGAAAUCUGACGAAGGAACAAACUCUGACAUUGUUGAAGUGAUCACCAGACAUAGAACUAUCGAGAAAGUCUUAGAUGCUUUAAAACGUAGAGGACCUAACACAUCUGUCUUCCUACAGGAGCAAACAGCGUCACUAAUCUCGUCGUUGUCCCGCGUGUCACGCUGCGUGCUGCCGCUGUCACGCUCGGCGGCAGUGAGCGCGGCGCUGGUGUGGUUCGCGCGCACUUCCCCGUCACUCGCGCCCGCGCCGCGCGCCGCCGAGCUGCGUGCUCAGGCCAGAGUGCAUUGUCACGCUGCUGAAGCUAUCGCCAGAUUGACGGUGAUACCAGAAGUGGCCCAACAGAUGGUACAAUUGGAAUGCGUUCCUCAUCUUAUCCGUUUGGUUAGGAUGCAAAGAUCGCGUCCGCCUUUAGAUACAAAUCCAGAUCAGACCCUCAUACACUGCCUUAAAGCUUUGAGGACAAUAUACAAACACUAUCCCGAAGCUUUUGAAGAUAAGAAAGAUGUUGAAGAAAUGAUUCGACCACAUUUAAUGGAGUCAUUAAUGCUUUUUUCCGCUAAACAAGAAAGUUAUGUUUAACACUUUCAAUGCCAACUUCAUUAAUUCACUCUACAUACGUUGUGACAUUUAAAGUGUUUGACAUAAAUCAAGUAUAAUUACAAUACGUGAACAAAAACAUGAGAAUUGAGUGUGAUGACGUCACUGUUGUAGCUUUCUUGUUCAUAUAUAAAUAAAGGCGUAAUAAGCCGGCAACGCAUCUGCGGUUCCUCUGGUAUUGCUGAUGUCCAUGGGCGUCGUUGAACACCUCGGUGUUCCCGCUGCUCGUUUGCCCCCCUUCUAAUAUAUAAAAAAUAUGAUAUAGGAAUAAAAUUCUCAACAUAAGUCUUAUGUUAUUGUUAACGCAUUGUAAAUUUUUACAGGGUCAUGAAAUUUGAUUUUUCAAGUUAAUAGAAUAGAUAUAAUUUCGUGAAUAAAAUCUGAUUUUAAAAAUUUACUUCCCAAACAUAAAAUACAUAUGACAAAUGAAAUUAU